AUGCACUAUAAUUAAAACGAAAAACUUAUUAAUAAUUAAUAAUAUUAAGGAGAAAAAUUGCAUCCUAAUAUUGCUUAUGGACCUACUACUUCCCGAGGAUGCAAAGAUAUUUUUUUCUUAAUUAUUUAUAUUAUUUUUUGGGGAGGAUUAAUAGCCAUCGCCUUAUUAGCAACUAAAACGGGAGACCCAAAAAGGUUAGCAUCUCCUUUUGAUCCGAAUGGUGUAUAAUGUGGAUAUGGUUAAGCUUAAGAUUUUCCUUAUUUAUACUUUGCUGAUUCUUUAAGUUUAAAAUAAUAAAAUUAUGCUUGUGUAAAAAAUUGCCUUUCUUAAAAAGAUAUUGAUAAAGGCUUAAAAAUUGAAUGUCUAGUAAAUAUAUCUAUUAAGAAUUGUACACAAUUAAAUAUUUAUUCAACAAUAAAAUUCGUAUCCAUUUGUAUUCCUACUUAAAGUGAUGCUGCAAAAUACAUAUAAAAAUAACUUAAUAUAGGAGAACCAGAAUAAUGGAUGAGUGAUUUACGUACUUCUUGGCCUAUUUUAAUAGCAGUAACCGUAAUUUCGUUUUUUAUUGCUCUCAUAUUUUUAUUAUUAAUGAGAUUAUGUGCAGGGGCUAUAACAUGGAUGCUGAUAAUAGGAUAUUUUGUAUUGUUAAUUGUACUUGGGGUUCUUUGUAUUUAUAAAUCAUAUUAAGAUACUAGUAAUUUGCCGAAAAAUUUGCAAAAUUAAGAUAUCCUUUAAGGUUUGGGGUAUUUUUUCCUUAUAUUAGCUGGCUUUUCUUUAAUAGUAUUUAUGUGUUUAUUUAGUAAAAUAAAAAAAUCAAUAGCAAUAAUGAAGGCGGCAUCAGAUUUUACUAAAGAAGUGCCGUAAUCAUUUUUAAUUCCAAUAAUAAUGUGUAUAGCAAUUAUUGGAUUUUUUGCUUUUUGGAUAGUAAUCUCAUUAUAUAUAUUUUCUUCAGGAGAAAUAAUGAAUAAACCCGAAAAUCCUUUCGCAUCUAUUAAAUGGAAUAAAGGUGUAAAAAGAUGCUUAUUGUAUUAUUUAUUUGGUUUAUUUUGGAAUAUUGAAUUUGCUAUUGGAAUGUCCUAACUUAUUAUUGCUAGCUGUGUAUGUAUGUGGUAUUUCUCACAUAGGCCAGGAGGAGAAUUUAAUAGCCCUAUAUCUAAAUCAUUUUGUAGAGCUUUUACAUUUCAUUUAGGUUCAGUAUGUUUAGGAAGUAUGAUUAUUGGGAUUGUUAUUCUUGUUAAUUUCUUUGUGAAUUUAUUUUAUGAUUAAAUAAAAACUAAUGUUUCAGGAAACGAAACUGCUAAUUUUUGCAUGAAGUGUUGUAAAUGUUGUAUUAAUUGUUUUGAAAAAUUCAUAAGAUUUAUUAAUACUAAUGCUUAUAUUAUGAUUGCAUUAUCAGGAGAUGGAUUCUGUUCAGGAGCUAAGAAAGCAUUUUAUUUAAUUUUUAGAAACGCUGCUUAAUUCUCAAUUACACAUGGUGUUGGUAAAAUAUUUGUUUAUUUUGGUAAAUUGUUUAUUUUUACUUUUACAACUAUCAUUGGUUAUGUACUUUUAACUUCUAUUCCUUAAUAUAAUGAAAAAUUAUAUUCGCCGGGAAUACCUAUUUUAAUGUUUGCUAUUAUUUCAUAUACAGUUGGAUCAAUUUUCAUGAACAUAUAUGGAAUCGCUGCAGAUUCGUUACUUAUGUGUUUAUGUUCAGAUAAAGAAUUAAAUUAAGGAAAAGCUAGUUCAUGCCCUGCUACUUUAUAGGAAUUUGAAAAUGAAUAUAUGUGA